GACGGUCCGUGGAGGAAACCAGAAAAAAAAGGUUCCCUCAACCUCCAUGAACAUAUUCCCCACGCCUCAGAUCAGAAAACAGUCUUCCUUAUCAGUCAAUUCUGGGCGCAAUUAUCGAACGUCCAUGAUUCCAUGUCGGUGAUACUCGGGUCCGUCCCGCCUGCCAUCCCAGCACGGCUAGCAAUCAAACCACACCCUUUUCAACUGAUGUCUGGCCGUCGUCAAUUGCAGAAGCUGAGCCCGUAUCUACGGAAGCGCAGUGUUCCACAGAGAUGCUUUGCAACACAAAUAAAAGCGGCCGCGGAUGAUCCUCUUCUUGCUCACACUUGGUUAACGAGGACCCCCGAAGAGAUUAUCCCCGAUGAUGUCCUUUCGAGUCUUCCUUCUAUACCGCCAUCGCUCGCAGGACCCGACUAUAUUCCUAUUCUCCUCUUAACCCCUAGUCUUGCCCAAUGGGCCGAUACAACCAAUUCCUUUUUCGAACAAUGCAUCAACCGACUUUAUCGUAAGGCUCCGACAUCCGACCCCCCCGAACCCGUACAUGCCAUUGUCGCAAUCGUCGAUAAAUUGCCCGACACUCCAUCGGUCCACAAAGAUAUAACCGACAAUGGCGCCGUGGGAGAGUCCGAGGGGAUCUCCCUCCUAUUUACGAGGAUGGCGAACAUACAAGGGAGGGCCGCUGCGCCUCGACGUAUUAGAAGCUCGGAAACUGAGGAAUCAGCUCUUGUAUUUUCCUUCCAGACGGGAAUUUCACAUAGCUCGGAUGAUACGACCCUCCGCCGAGCUGUUCAUGAGGUCGGACUGCGCCUCGCCAAUACACUGUUUAUCAAUGGCAACGAAAACACUCUAUUUGGGACUCGUUGGUCCUAUAAUCCUUCUUCAUCCAGUUUUACCUUCGAUCGAUCGAUUGAGCUUUCGCGCUGUCGAAUAGCCUCUACUGCAAGUUCUGUGCACAACUCAUUGGCACUUCCUUUACAUCCCAUUGGCCAGCGAAGGGAGGUUAUCUCCAGCAUGGGAAACAUCCUCCGUCAACUAGCAAAACAUCCAAACGGUACAUCGAAGGACCCGGUGCCUGCUUCGUCUGAAUUAGAGAAAGAGCUGCCACGGUACAUUGAAGAACACAAUAUCGCUGACCGUAGGGUUUCCGUCUGGGCUCUGGUCGAGUCUCCUUCAUGCAACCCGCAAAUCGAAUCUGAUGGCUUUCAGACCAGACUUGUGAGGUCAGUUCAGGCCGGAGGCAAACUUCACCGGGUCAUGAGCGGCGGUGGUGGGUGGGGCAAGAAACAGGGCCUCCUGUCGCUUGAUUACGAGGCCAAUUUCUUGGGACCCUACGGAAGAAAUGAAUUUACAACGCUGGAUAACAUAUUCUUUCCCUUUGGCGCGAGCACGGCACAGACUGCGCCACCUUCGUUUGAGGGGUUAUCUAUUGUCGAUGACUUGUCGUCCUUGUCACAAGUGGCUAGGGCUGGGGACUACAUUCAAUUUUAUGUUUCUGUCGAGCCAGACCAUGCACAAAAAAGCCGGCCGGAGCUGCCCGAUUCACGCGAGGGAGCGAUCUCGUACCAAUUCGGUGUCGUUUAUGAUAACGAAAUGCCCUUGGACCAAGCGGGAAAUCGUGCACCACAAAAGGACUUAAGAGUCAAGCCUAACUACUUUGGUGCCUUAUCGGAGAAAGCAAUGACCUACUCGCAACCAAUCAUUCCAACCAGGCCGGAACAAGAGAUUGUAGAGUCUGGUACUAAACUUGAUAUCCCGGGGUGUCGAGUUCACUUAGUCGCCUCAUAGAGCUCGAAGGGCCAAAAGGCCACCCAUUUAUAGCCACUGAAACAAAUGUGAGAAAUACGAUUGAAACCGUAGACAUUAUCAUACAGCAGUUUUGUUAGUUUCUAUAAAUGCAACCAGUAUGCUCCGAUGAGCGGUGCCAAGCCGCAGGUCACGUGGCAGCACAUGCGGUCCGUCAGCCUCCCCGAAGAGCAACGACCAGCAACCACGGUGUUCGCCUCAACUCCC